UAUUAAUCAAUUUGCAAAACAAUACUCCAUUUCUUCGAGAACUUAAAUAAUAAGAGCGGAACAACCCUAACCCCGCCGCCGUCCUCAGGCACUCCUGUCUCUCCUCUCUGAAAUGUCGUUUAGACACGUUGCAAGAUCCAGAGUCUUCAUUUCUCUCAUCUCCACUAAACAACUCUACAACACACCUGCCGCCCCAGCAGCAGCCGCGGCGAAACUCUCAUGUCCUUGUGCUCCCUUGGCGUCGCCGUUUUUUCCGACCUUCCACUCCGGAAAUGGCCGCGGGUACCACGACGGGCGGCCCAGAGGCCCGCUGUGGAGAGGGAAGAAGAUGAUAGGAAAGGAGGCUCUUUUCGUGAUACAAGGCGUGAAGAGAUUCAAAGACGACGAAGAAAAGCUGGAUAAGUUCGUGAAAAAUCACGUGCUUCGGCUUCUGAAAUUGGACAUGAUUGCGGUACUCAACGAGCUCGAACGGCAAGAGGAGGUCUCUCUCGCGGUCAAGAUCUUUAAGGUGAUUAGGGAGGAAAAGUGGUACACUCCAGAUGUUUAUCUGUACAAGGACUUGAUAAUCGCAUUAGCUAGACGGAAAAAGAUGCAAGAAGCGAUGGAGUUAUGGGAGAGCAUGAGGAAUGAAGAUCUGUUUCCAGAUUCACAGACAUAUACUGAAGUUAUUAGAGGGUUCUUGAGGGAUGGGUCUCCAGCAGAUGCGAUGAAUGUUUAUGAAGAUAUGAAGAAAUCUCCAUACCCACCAGAACAGUUGCCUUUCAGGAUUUUGUUAAAGGGGCUUUUGCCACACCCUUUGCUCAGGAACAGGGUGAAACAAGACUUUGAGGAGAUCUUCCCCGAUCAACGUGUUUAUGAUCCUCCAGAAGAGAUAUUUGGUUUAAGCUGAUUCAGGUCUAGAUGCAUUUAUGCAUAAUCUUGAAUCUAGUGUUACAUUUAAUAAACGAUUACAAACUUCACUCCAUCUAAUGAUAUCUGUAUGAAUGUGAACUAGCCAAAAAACCUCAUUUUUCUUCUAAUGUGUGUGAUUGCAAGAUGUAGCGCCAGUUUUGUAGCCAUAUAGCAGACUAACCAGAACAAGAAGUUUCUUUGAAUGGCAGACAAGAAGCUGAAUGAGUAGUAUGUUUUCUUUCUUUGAACAAAUGGCAGAUAUGGAUUUUAACUUUCCCUUUCAAGAAAUUCAACCAAACUACUGAAGCAGGCUCACAUACUCAAGAUGGUGUUUAAACAUAGAACAGGGCCAAGUGUAUAAGCAUCAACAAGAGGGACCUGUGGGAAGUGGUGAUGGGCUGAGAUAUAUCCCAACUUUUCAGCUCUAAGAAUGUGCGACAUGCUUCUUGCACUGUUUUUUGCAGGCUUGCAGCAAGGAAAAAGAAAACUCAAAUCAUUCAAACUUCAAAGGCAGUUUUGGUAGAUUAGGAGGCUUUCUUCCGGCCAUGAGAAGACUUCUGAUUCGUAGGACUGACUAAUGGGCAUUUGUAAGAAUCAAUAAUCAUAGGAUAUCAAUUCUCAAAACCACAGCUUGUGUAUCUAGGUUUGUUCAAUAUGUUAUGGCUGAAGCGGACUUUGGCUGAUUAAUCCGAUCAGUUCAUCUAUUGUCAGCAAGUAGGAUGUUCAUGACUCUCAAUUGCAGGAUCGUAACCCAUCUGUAUAUGACAAUAAUACAAUAUGUGUUCUACCAAUUUCAUGCAGAUAUAUUCGGAGUAUAUUAAUGUAUAUGUAUGCAUUGCCUGC